AUGGCCAUCAAGCCCAUUACUGGUAUGCUCCGAAGAGCAGUUGUCCUUGACAUCUCCGUUUCCCUCGGCCUCGGAAUAGCGGCCGGCUAUGCUUUCUGGUACGGCUAUCACGUCCCCGCCGUCCGCCACCGCGAUGCUUUCUACCAGAGGAUCGAAGACGAGCGAGCCCGCGCCCUCGGCUCCAAGUAA